GGCUGUCCCACUCCUGAUCCGCACAGCCGGGGAAAGGCUGUCCCAGCUCUUUAUCCGCACAGCCGGGGAAAGGCUGUCCCGCACCUGAUCCGCACAGCCGGGGAAAGGCUGUCCCGCACCUGAUCCGCACAGCCGGGGAAAGGCUGUCCCCCCCUGAUCCGCACAGCCGGGGAAAGGCUGUCCCGCACCUGAUCCGCCCGGGUUCCGCCGCCCAGCCCGGGAGGGGCUGCCCCGUCCCGGGACAGAUCCCGGCCAUGAUCGCGGUUUUGGUGGUGCUGUGUCAGCUGCAUGUGACGCUGCUCGCGUUUCCUCACUGCCCUGGGAGGUUAAAUCACUUGAAGCAGCCGGAAUGGAAAGAUGUGUUCACAUCUGCAAGGGAGGCCAAUUUAUUCAUCGGACGACAUCUUCUGAACAACAGAUUUGAUUUUGAAGCAUUCACAGCUGAUAACCUGGAAAGAGAAUGCUAUGAAGAAGUCUGCAAUUAUGAAGAAGCAAGAGAAAUUUUUGAAGACCCUGAUAAAACGAUGGAUUUUUGGAAAGACUAUUCAACUAAAGGACCUAAUAUAAAAAUAGGUGAUGAGGCACUACAGAAGAUCAAUGUCACAGGACUGCUCAUCAGCCUGGUUGCUGCUGGAGUCCUGCUGGUUAUAAUUGCUCUGAUUAUCUUCUACUGCUGCAAGAGCAGAUGCAAAUCAAGGCAACCACCAGGGUACUUGGGUUAUGUGAGGAGCAGACGACGGAAUUCAGCCAACAUCUUCAGGAGGCAUGAGGAGUUCUCCUUAAACCCCCUUCCUGUCCCAGCUGAGGAGUCAGGGCUGCCCACCUACGAGCAGGCAGUGACCUCUGAUGGUGUGCCCCCACCCCCUUACCCAGGGCCCCCCAGGCAUCCACGGUUCUUCCAGAAGUCCAUGUCCCUCCCUGGCCCCUAGGCACAAACCUCCUGCUGGGCCGGGGGGGGGUUGCUGGAACACAACAUGCUUUUGAAAAAAGUGCGUGCUACCUUGCAUAUUGCAAGAUGAUUUACAGAAAUGUGAAAGAUCUUCUGGACAACGAGGAAGGAGUGAAGUUCCCAUUUGGGAAAAGGGACACGAAGGCUGCAGGACUGUUCUUUGCACAAAGGCACUGUGCCAAGGGGAGAGAAAAGAGCAAAUUUUGUACUGCUGCCCUCUUCCAUAUGAGCCAUCCCAUCAAACUAUUGAUGUUUCAUUAAUAGUUUCAUCUUCUUUUUCUUCAGAAAGAAGAGUAUUUUAAUUGCUCAUAUUGACACUAGCUAUUUUUUGUGACUUAAUAUUUUAAACCACCAUAAGAAGUCUAUUUUGUUGUUUGGCAAAUCCACUUCUUUGCUGGAUGAAUUUUCUAUUCAUUCUUGUAAUAGAUUGGAGCAUGAAAAUUAUUUUAUGACUUGAUCUGUCAAAUAUAUAUAUACAUAUAUAUAUAGUACUGCUAGUGGAUUACACUGGUUUGGUUUAGACAUUGCUGCUCACAUGACUUGUUUUAUUUUUAUGAUCAUAAUUUUGCAUCAAAAGGAAGCAUUCGUUACAUGGCACACGACCAAUUCUGAGAAAGUACGCUUGCAUCAAGUUGUUUUGAUGUUGAACAGUAAAUACCAGGUUAGAGAGAGGAAAUAGAAUACUGUGGGCCAGUGGAUGUUAAGCAAAAAGCCAGAGAUUUGUCCCUAUUUAAAAAGCUAUCCAGGUUUCACAGCUAAUGUUUCUUUCAUAGCUUAAAAGCCGAAAUGUAGAGAGACACAUUUAACUUUCAAACCAAAGCCUGACCUACCCCCUAGAAGCACUUUAAUGUCUUGCACUACAGAGAUGACAAAAUGAUACCUUUCAAUAGAAUGAAACAUCAUAUUAGAUCAAAAUUCAAGAGUCAAGAACUUGUGGGAGUUAUUGGUUCAGUGUGUCAGGACAGUUCCUGUUCUUACAGCUGUAGCCACCAUUAAUUUUGCGUCUUAUUAAAAUAUCAACCCCCAGCAUUAUGCAGCCCAUAGGUCCUGCUGAGCAAAUUGCUGCCCACCACUUGUGUCCCCUCUUCAGCACAGGAGCCAGAGCAGAGGUCUCACAGGAAACAUGUCAGGCUGUUCUCCUGUUUGACAGUGGCUGUACAGUUAAGGCACAAACAAUUAAAGAAUUUUUUAAGAUUAAACAACCCCCCUCUUUUUUCCCCUUCAUUGAGUCAAUGCUGACAACAGCAAAUUCUCUUUCAAUUUGGUGCCUACAAUCCACUUGAUAUUAUAAGUUAUUGGUUUAAGGGUUGAAAUGAAUAUGUAAUAUUUCACCAAAUCUUAUUGUUUUUAACAUACUGGAAGCUACAGUGUUGUUGAGCAAGAUGCAGAAAAUUGGUCUGAGAUUUUCAAUCUGUAAAUGUCUUUGUAACAAUGGAAACACUUCAAAUCUUGGAAUGUGAAGGGGGUACACUGACAGUGCUACACAAUGAAGUCUUGCCUUUUGAAAAACAAAUACAAUGCAGUUGGUAGCAGUGCAAUUCGUGUUCCUGUUCACAAAAUUUCACCAUCCAAUUUGGCUUUUGGUGAGUCACAAAUCUCUCUCCAGCUUCUUAUUUUUUGUUGGGACAUGGGGAAAUCCCCAUGCUGGGAUGUUUCAAUUCACUUCUGCCCUACUUGUGAGAGCAUUUUGAAGUUCUUGAAGUUC